UCACCUCUCACGUGCUCUGUGCAUUUGUGCUGAGAGGUGUGGUGUGGUGUCUGACUCUCUGUACGCUUCGACUGCAAUUUUUCUCUCUGAUUGUAUUCCUCCGCUGUUUUCACAUCGUUCGUGGCAAUGGCGGAUGGUUAUUGGAGGUACGGUGACGCAAAGCAGACUUAUAUGCCUUCUCUUGCCGGAAAACGUUCUCGCUCCGACUAUGAUGUCUCUGGCAGUCGUGAAUUUCCCAGUUAUUUUCCUCGUGAUGACGAAAGAGGUGCACCCCGUGUUGCAAGAGAUACUGAAUCCAUUGAAGCAUCCUAUGAUCGUUACCUGCGCCAAGCGCAAAUGUCAUCUUAUGGUGGUGGAGAAUCUGGGAGACCAAUGAGUGGGGGACUGACCAGUCAUCCUGUUGAUGAUCCACGCAUGAUGACUGUUGGGGGCAUGGACCCAGUCAUGGCUGGAAAAAUCCGGAACAUGGGGUUUAGUGGUGGAAGACCUGAGAUGCCUCUCCCCCCAGAUGCUUCGAACACUCUUUUUGUGGAAGGCUUGCCUGCGAACUGUACACGCAGGGAAGUUUCCCAUAUUUUUCGUCCUUUUGUAGGAUUUAGAGAAGUAAGACUUGUCAGCAAGGAAUCUAGACAUCCUGGAGGAGAACCGCUUGUCCUCUGCUUUGUUGAUUUUGCAACUCCAGCCCAGGCAGCGACUGCAUUAGAUGCCUUGCAAGGUUAUAAAUUUGAUGAGCAUGACCGGAAUUCACCCGAUUUAAGGCUACAAUUUGCUCGUUAUCCUGGUCCGAGAUCAGGUGGUGGGCCUCGUGGCAGGCGUUGAAUAGUGCGGUUUUCCAGGAUCCACUUGAAUCGGGGAGGUUUCAAUUGUGAGGGAUGUUACAACUGCAUUGUGGAAUAAAGAAUCACCCAGAUAUUGUUGAACAGACACUUCUCUGUUGGAACCACUCGGGUCAGGAGGUUUCCGACUAUGAGGGACAAUCGUACUGUUUUGUGUGUGGUUUCUGCCUGCGCUAGGACUCUGCUAACAUACUGAUAGCUGCACUAUUUGCAUUAUUAAUUGGGCUACCAUAUAUAUUUAGAGUUUGAGACUGAACAGUAUCUCCCCUUUUGUUUAUGUUAUGAGAUCAGGAUUUCAAGUAAUGAGACAGUCAAAUGGGAAAACAAAUUAUUUGGAUCAGCAAAA